GUAUUUCCGCUCGGGGGCACCCCCGGUCAUCAACCCUCUGCAGAGCCACUUCCCCCGGGAGACAGCGGUGCCGGGCUCCUUCGCCCUCACGCUCACCUGGAGCCUGCCCAACAGGACCACAGGCGUCUUCAAUGUCACCAGCCCCCUGCCCGGGGAUUGGUUCCUGGCCGCCCACCUGCCCAGGGAGCAAGGCAAGAUCUCCGUCAAGGGCCUGGCCGAGGACUGCCAGUACCUCUUCCAGCCACAGCUGAUUGUCCAGCGCCUGGUGGGCAUCGCGGUCCUCUACCCGGGCUACGCCACCGAGCAUGCCCUCUCCACCCACAACCGCUCCCUGCUCUACAAGGUCUUCAUCCCCAGCUACACCUCCCGGGUGCUGGUGCAGCUGCGGAACUGCCAGGGGGGCGACCAGAGCGGCGAGGGCUGCCCGCUGUGGCUGAAAGCGCGCGGCAAGGCGCCCCCUCUGCACAACUCCACCGCCGUCGACUGCCGCGAACAGGCGCCCUGCCGCCUCGCCCUCGAGCUGCCCUUCUGGCAGACCUGGUACUACCUGCUGGUCGAGAAGGAGCCCGCCCCCGCCCCCGCCCCCGCCGCAAGCCUCAAGUUCCAGCUGCUGGUGCAGCUCAAGGACUGCGCCCGGAGCGGCCUGGCGCGAUCCCUCUUCCACCUGCCGGGCUCCCACCUGAACAUGCCCCAUUCCUUCGGCUCCCCCGGGGGGGCGGCCCUGGCCGCGCACCUGCCCGCCGCCUCCCCUGCGAACGGCUCCCGGCCGGCGGCCCCCAGCGCCCCUCCGACGGCCAGCGAGCACUGCUGGCCCAUCCGGCCCACCCUCCGCAACGAGCUGGACACCUUCGCCGUGCACUUCUACAUCUUCUUCGGGCCCAACGUCUCCGUGCCCCCCGACCGGCCCGCCACCUUCGCCGUCAGCCUCCUGCCCGUGCUCGACAGCGGCGGCACCCUCAACCUCGAACUCCGCCUCAACGUGUCCUCUCUGCGGGGGGAGAACGCCACCGUCUUCGCUUGCCUGACCCACGAGGUGCCUCUGGCUCUGGAAGAGAACUCCUCGGUCAGCUGCGAGACAGAGCUACUGGCCGGGUUCUUGCUGUCCGUCAGCGCCGCCGCGCCCCUCGCCCGCCUGCGGAUCCCCUACCCCCAGACGGGGAGCUGGUACCUCAGCCUGCGCUCGCUCUGCGCCUCCGACCGCGGGCUGGAGCCCUGCGGGAACGUGACCGCCGAGGUGUACCUGCGGACUUACCUGUCGCCCUGCAUCGACGACUGCGGCCCCUACGGGCAGUGCAAGCUGCUGCGCACCAACAACUACCUGUACGCGGCCUGCGAGUGCAAAGCGGGCUGGAGCGGCUGGGGCUGCACGGACAACGCGGCGGCCUUCUCCUACGGCUUCCAGCUGCUCUCCACGCUGCUGCUCUGCCUCAGCAACCUCAUGUUCCUCCCGCCGCUGCUCAUCGCCCUGCGCAGCAACUACCUCCUCGAGGCCGCCGUCUACCUCUUCACCAUGUUCUUCUCCACCUUCUACCACGCCUGUGACCAGCCAGGCAUCGUGGUCUUCUGCAUCAUGGACUACGACGUGCUCCAGUUCUGCGACUUCCUGGGCUCCCUCAUGUCCGUCUGGGUCACCGUCAUCGCCAUGGCCCGCCUCCAGCCCGUCGUCAAGCAGGUGCUGUACCUGUUGGGCGCCAUGCUGCUCUCGAUGGCGCUGCAGCUGGACCGCCACGGCCUGUGGAACUUGCUGGGGCCCAGCCUCUUCGCCUUGGGGGUCAUGGCCAUCGCCUGGACGGCGCGCAGCAUCCGGCGGAGACGCUGCUACCCGCCCACGUGGCAGCGCUGGACCUUCUACCUGCUGCCCGGCGCCCUCAUCGCCGCCUCGGCGCUGCUGCUCUACGCCUUCGUGGAGACCGAGGAGAACUACUUCUACAUCCACAGCAUCUGGCACAUGCUCAUCGCCGGCAGCGUGGGCUUCCUGCUGCCCCCGCAGGCCAAGGGCGAGGCCCCGGACGCCGCCCCCUUCGCCAGCCCCCUGCCCCGGCCCAAGAAAGGCUGCGGCUACCGCCUCUGCAUCAACGAGCAGGAGGAGCUCGGCCUCGUCGACCCCGCAGGCGGCAGCGGCAGCGGCGGCGCCUCGGUCACCAGCGUCUGCACCAGCUGA